CCUGAAGUUUAUUGUGUGUCAGACAGUCCACACAAAACCAAGACAAUAGAAUCUGAGAUAGAGGAGAGAAAGUGGGUGUGGGUUUAUAUUUAUAUAUAUAUAUUGGAAAAUGGUGAACUAGUGAACAAACCAGCUGCAGUUUUCUUACUUUGAAGAGUGAUUCGAUUUUGUUGACAUGAAGUUAGAUUCAUUUCCUUGGACAAAACUCGAGAAUUUUGAGCCAUUUUGUAUUCUUCACACAACAAGACAACCCCAAUGUAUACAAACAGUAGUUGUUUCUGCAAUAAAAACAACAACAAUACAGAGACAACAACGACACAGACAUUCCAAGAAAAUGGCUGCUUCUACUUCUCUUAGCACUCACCCAAUGAUACCUAUUUUUGUUGCUUUCCUCCUUGUUUUUGCUUCUUCUGUUUCUCCUGCCUUGUCGUUACCAGCUCUUGUGUCGGAUUCCGGUAGCCGGCUAUUAGCCAAUCAAACUUUCAGGCCAAGUAAAGAGGUAUUGAGACUAAGGAGAGCCAAUGCUUAUCUCAAGAAGAUCAACAAGCCUGCGGUCAAGACAAUUCAGAGCCCUGAUGGUGACGUAAUACAUUGUGUUUUAUCUCAUCUUCAACCAGCAUUUGACCAUCCAGAGCUUAAAGGAAAGAAACCCCUGGAUCCACCAGAGAGACCAAGAAGCAAUGAAACAAGAGAGACAGUGGCAGAGAGCUACCAGCUAUGGACAGAUUCAGGUGAAUCAUGCCCUGAAGGAACUGUUCCAAUAAGAAGAACCACAGUAAAAGAUGUUUUAAGAGCAAGUUCUGUUAACAGAUUUGGCAGAAAAUUAAGAAGGCAUGUAAGACGAGACUCAACAGGGAGUGGUCAUGAGCAUGCAGUUGUUUUUGUUAAUGGGGAUCAGUAUUUUGGAGCAAAGGCAAGCAUAAAUGUUUGGUCACCUCAAGUAACCAGUGAAUAUGAAUUCAGCUUGUCACAAAUUUGGGUCAUCUCUGGUUCUUUCGGCAAUGAUCUUAAUACCAUAGAAGCCGGUUGGCAGGUUAGCCCAGAUUUAUAUGGAGACGGUUAUCCUAGAUUCUUCACGUACUGGACAACCGAUGCAUACCAAGCUACUGGAUGUUAUAACUUGCUGUGUUCUGGAUUUGUCCAAACCAACAACAAGAUUGCCAUUGGAGCUGCAAUAUCUCCAAGGUCAUCUUACAAUGGCAGGCAAUUUGAUAUUGGCUUGACGGUUUGGAAGGACCCGAAGCAUGGGAACUGGUGGCUGGAAUAUGGAUCAGGACUCCUGGUGGGAUAUUGGCCAGCAUUUUUGUUCAGUCACUUGAGAAGUCAUGCAAGCAUGGUACAAUUCGGAGGGGAAAUUGUGAACUCGAGAUCAGCGGGGUACCACACAUCAACACAGAUGGGCAGUGGUCAUUUUGCAGACGAAGGAUUUGGAAAAGCAUCCUACUUUAGAAACUUGCAAGUUGUGGAUUGGGAUAAUAAUUUGCUGCCUCUAACAAAUCUUCAUCUCUUGGCUGAUCAUCCAAACUGUUAUAAUAUAAGGCAAGGCAGAAACAAUGUUUGGGGGACUUACUUCUACUAUGGAGGUCCUGGGAGGAAUGUAAGGUGUCCAUGAAGAUAAUGAAAUAGGAUAGAGAGUAAAAGCUAGUAAUUUUGGGUUUUUUUUAAGUAAUUAGUUGUAUUUCAGGCAAUUUUACACUCUAUUUUUCUAUAUAUAUAAAAAAUAUAUAUAUAUGCCCAAUUUUGGGGAUUUUUCUUUUCUUUUUUUCUUUCUUCCCUAACAGGAGAAUCCGACUUCUGGGAAUUAUGUAUAUUUUAGGGAAAUACAAUUUGUCAAUAACAAUAGGUUGUGUGCUGUCC